AUGUGGGCAUCACUGGCAGUGUGUGCCGGCACAGAGAAUAAGCUCAGCACCCUCUCUGACCUGGAGCAGCAGUAUCGAGCACUCCGGAAGAAUUAUGAAAACUGCGAAGUUGUCAUGGGCAACCUGGAGAUCACGAACAUUGACCGAAACAGGGACCUCUCCUUCCUGCGGUCCAUUCGAGAAGUCACAGGAUAUAUCCUUGCAGCCCUGAACCAGUUUGAGUAUCUGCCUUUGGAAAAUCUAAGAAUUAUUCGUGGGACAAAGUUGUACGAAGAACGAUACGCACUCACGAUCCUGCUUAACUACAAGAAAGAUGGGGCCUUUGGAUUGAGGCAAUUGGGUUUGCAAAACAUGACAGAAAUCCUGAAUGGAGGCAUCUAUAUUGACCAGAACAAAUUUCUCUGCUAUGUCAACACUAUUCAUUGGCAAGAUAUUGUGCGUGACCCACCAAGUACAGAUAUUAUAAUUGUUCCCACCAACACCACCGUGGAGUGUGGGAGAUGCCACAAGACAUGCAAUGGCCGAUGCUGGGGACCAUCGGAGAACCAAUGUCAGACCCUCACGAAGACGGUGUGCGCACAGCAGUGUGACGAGCGAUGCUUCAGCCCAUUUGUCAGCGACUGCUGCCAUCGGGAAUGUGCGGGCGGCUGCUCAGGGCCAAAGGACACGGAUUGUUUUGUACGUGACCGCAAUGACCCCUAUCAUAAUAUCGCUGCGUUGGAUCCAGAAAAGCUGAAUGUCUUCCGUACAGUCCGAGAGAUAACAGGUUUUUUGAAUAUUCAGUCAUGGCCAAGAAAUAUGACUGACUUCAACGUGUUUGCUAACCUGGUGACAAUAGGUGGUCGAAGUCUUUACAGUGGGAUCUCACUACUGAUUCUGAAGCAACAGUGGAUAACGUCGCUUCACUUCCAGUCCCUGGUGGAAAUCAGCGCAGGCAAUGUGUAUGUGUCUGACAACCCCAACCUGUGCUAUUAUCACACAGUCAACUGGACCGUGCUCUUCAGAACCAGUUUGCAGAAACCUGUUAUAAAGAACAACAGAAAUUCACAGAAUUGCACCUCUGACAGGAUGAUGUGUGACCCUUUGUGCUCCGAUGAUGGGUGCUGGGGUCCAGGCCCAAACCAGUGCCUGUCUUGCAGAUUCUUCCGUAGAGGCAGGACUUGCAUCGAAUCUUGCAACUUGUACGAAGGGGAUUUUCGAGAAUUCGCAAAUGGUACUAUCUGCAUGGAAUGUGAUGAGCAGUGUGAGAAACUGGAUGAAGAUGUGUUAACGUGUCAUGGAACGGGCCCUGACCAUUGCACCAAGUGCUCCCACUUCAAGGAUGGGCCCAACUGUGUGGAGAAGUGUCCCGAUGGACUUCAUGGCGCCAAGGGCUUCAUCUUCAAGUAUGCUGACUCCAACCACGAGUGCCAUCCUUGCCAUGCCAACUGCACCCAGGGGUGCACAGGCCCUCGUAUUAAGGACUGCAUCGAGAUGAUGGAUAGGACUCCUCUGAUUGCGGCUGGUGUAAUCGGUGGGCUCUUCAUCGUGGUCAUUCUGGCUCUGGUGUUUGCCGUGUACGUGAGGAGGAAACGCAUCAAGAAGAAACGAGCCAUGCGCCGGUUUUUGGAAACUGAGUUGGUGGAACCUCUAACCCCCAGUGGUGCUGCACCUAAUCAGGCACAACUUAGGAUCCUCAAGGAGACAGAAUUGAAAAGAAUCAAGAUUCUGGGUUCUGGUGCAUUUGGGACGGUUUACAAAGGCAUCUGGGUCCCAGAGGGGGAGACGGUGAAGAUUCCUGUGGCCAUUAAGAUCCUCCGUGAAAGAACAGGUCCCAAGGCGAAUGUAGAAUUCAUGGAUGAGGCCCUUAUAAUGGCCAGUAUGGACCAUCCACAUCUGGUUCGACUUUUGGGUGUAUGCCUCAGUCCCACAAUCCAGUUGGUCACGCAGCUGAUGCCCCACGGCUGCCUCCUGGACUACGUCCGUGAACACAAGGAUAAUAUAGGAUCCCAGCUGCUUCUGAAUUGGUGUGUCCAGAUUGCAAAGGGACUAUCGUAUGAGGAGCUGUUGAAGGAGAUUCACCAGGAUGUACUUGGGAAAAACUAUUUGCUAAUUAAUCCAAUUUACAUUUGCACAACAGAUUAUGGUUUAGCAAGACUGGUCAUUGUGUCAGAAACACAUUACCAUCUGGAUGGUGGGCGAAUGCCAAUUAAGUGGAUGGCUUUGGAAUGUAUUCACUAUCGGAAGUUCACUCAUCAAAGUGACGUGUGGAGCUAUGGAGUCACGAUUUGGGAGUUGAUGACUUUUGGCGGGAAGCCAUACGAUGGGAUUCCAGCCCGUGAAAUACCAGACAUCUUGGAAAAAGGAGAGCGCCUUCCACAACCACCAAUCUGUACCAUUGAUGUCUACAUGGUGAUGGUGAAAUGCUGGAUGAUUGAUGCCGACAGCAGACCCAAGUUCAAAGAAUUGGCAGCGGAAUUCUCUCGAAUGGCUCGAGAUCCACAGAGGUACUUGGUAAUUCAGGGAGAUGACCAUAUGAAGCUGCCGAGCCCGAAUGAUAGCAAGUUCUUCCAGAGCCUGCUGGACGAAGAGGAGCUGGAAGACAUAAUGGAUGCGGAGGAGUACCUGGUCCCACAGGCCUUCAACAUCCCACCACCAAUCUACAGCUCAAGACCAAGGAUUGAUUCCAACAGGGGAAGCCUCCAUGAUAUCAGCAUAUUUCGACAGUUCAAGGUGCAAGUGCUCAUUCAGCAGACUCAUUCAUUGACGGGUUCUUGGGAGCAACUCACUGAAGAUAUCCUACUCAAACCUAAGGAACCUGUGUACUCCAGUGCAGGAGAAGACCACCUGAGUAAGCAAGCAGACCAUCAGGCUGUUUAA